AUGUCGAUCCCCAAAAAGGCUCCAGUCCGCACGUGGGCUGCUGUAGUGAAAAGUUUGGCAGGUACUCCAGAUGUAUUGUCAAGAUCCUCACGACAGGGCGUUUCACCAUCACAGGAAAGCCUAUGCACUGAGCCCAGUCCUCCAGCGUCUAUUCAAAGCCCAAUUACCUCCUCAAGCCCGGAUGUGGAGUCCCCCGUAAGCGCUGGCGACUGGGCUUUUGACAUCGACGAUGCAGUGCUAAUAUGUAUAGACAUCAAGUGUCAUUGUCGCAACCAGACGUUCGCAGAAUUCUCUAAGGGUAUCAAACGCUCGGAAAGAAGAGUUUGCGAAAUCGGCAUGGCAUCAUUUGACAGUCGAGAAAUAACUAUGGAAGAAGCCGGUGAUCGUGCCCACAAAGCGUGGCCCAGGAUCAAGUCAGAAAAUCUGGCUAUAAUUGAGAAUAAACACGUUUUCUGUAAGAAGCAUCCUUACUGGUGUAAAGUGCGGGACGCGAACAACUUCCAGUUUGGCAAGACUCGCUGGGUGCGGAAGGCCAUUGUCAAGGACCAGUUCAUCAAGCAGGUCAAAACAUGGAUUGGCGAGAGCACGGAACUUAGGUCUGCACCGAAGUCCAAGCCUCAUGUCAAUAGUCGUCCGAUCGUAUGGGUGUUCUUCGCAGAUGCGAACGACCGAACAUGGCUUGAAGAACUUGGUAUUUCCCUAGAAGACGAGUUUCCAAACUCUCGGAGACAGGACAUACAGAAUAACGGGCCGAAUAACCUGGCACGGAGGAUUGCACAUCGAACUGGCAAACCACAGAUCGGUGCGCCAGUUUUAUUUCGGUUCUUAGGCCUGGACUGCGAUAUCGAGGGACUGCACAAUGGCGGCAACGAUGCCACUUGGGAAUUGAGGGCAUACCUCGCUGAGUGUGCCCUCACCGGUGUACAAUUCCAAAAUGCUCUGAGUAGGCGACUACCUGGGUUGAAAUGA